UACCUAAAAUGCUCCGUUUUAUCCGGGAUUUUAAGAAAUUGUUAACAAGAGCAAAUUUACGUGUUUAUGUCUCAAAUCUGGCGUCACUGCACACACGUGCACGCUCGUGUAAAUGAUAAUGGCGAGUACUUUACGAGUGGAAGAGUUAAUUAAUUAUUUUAAAUCGCAUAAUAAAAUUCGGGAGCAGCAAAGCCACUCGGCGAAGGUACACAGUGUAGGAUGGAGCUGCGACGGCAAAUAUCUGGCCUCGGGUUCUUUUGACAAGUCCGUUUGCAUAUUUUCGCUAUGUCCCGAUCGCUUGAAACAGGAAACUACUUUUAGAGGACACGGAGGUAGCGUAGACCAAUUGUGCUGGCAUGCUUUCUACCCAGAAUUAUUAUCCACAGCGAGUGGAGACAAGACAGUUCGCAUCUGGGACACAAGAACACAGAAAUGCACAGCAAACAUUAGCACCAGAGGGGAGAAUAUCAACAUUUCAUGGUCGCCGGAUGGCAACACAAUUGCAGUAGGGAAUAAGGAGGAUCUGGUUACCUUCAUCGAUGCUCGAGUGAUGAAGAUCAGAGUGGAAGAGCAGUUCAACUUUGAGGUGAACGAGAUCUCGUGGAACAAGGAUUCGGAUACAUUCUAUUUGACAAACGGACAAGGCUGUGUGCACAUACUCAGCUAUCCAGACCUAGAGUUGUUGCACAUAAUUAAAGCACAUCCCGGCACGUGUAUUUGCAUCGAGUUUGACCCGACCGGCCGUUAUUUUGCCACCGGGUCUGCGGACGCGCUAGUCUCCUUGUGGGAUGCCGACGAAUUAUGUUGUUUGAGGACGUUCUCGCGGUUGGAGUGGCCGGUGCGGACUAUCUCGUUCUCAUAUGAUGGCCAGCUGUUGGCAGCGGCGUCUGAGGACUUGGUCAUAGAUAUCGGCGAGGUGGAGACUGGCGAGAAAAUUGCCGACGUUCCAGUGGAGGCGGCGACUUUUACCGUUGCCUGGCAUCCAAAACAGUAUCUCUUAGCUUAUGCGUGCGAUGAUAAAGACACUUAUGAUCGAAAACGCGAUGCCGGCAGCUUGAAAGUAUUUGGUUUCGCGAAUGAUUGAGCUGAUUAUUGUAAUUAAUUACUUUUGUACGAAUUCAUGUUGCUUAAAAUAUUAUUUAUAAAUAUAGAAUAAUAUUUUAUAUAAAUAAAUCAAUCAUUUUUCAUAUCCAUUAUCUUUGAUGAAAUUGAUAAUAAAUUGUAUUUUUUUAAAAUGCAAAUUUUGUAGAUACAAAUGCGUGGAAAAUGAAGUGAAAAAUGAAUGAAGAAUUUCUACAAGUAGAAAGAUAUAUUUAUACAAACGCAAAUAUUGGAAAUAUGAUAAAAAUUAAUACAAAAAAAUCUAAAAAUAU